AUGUUGCGAGCAGCCGCCUCCCGCCUGCUCAUUCCCCGACGGCUGUUGUCUCCGGCAGCCGCCACGGCAACGCCUACUGUGUGGAACCUCCGCCAUUUCUCACUCUCGACGCUGCAGCCGCGCCCGGCGGAGGCGGACAUCUUCACGCCGUCGGAAGCUCAGCGAAUGGUGCGGCUUGUUGGACUCGAGGUGCUCAAGAGGCGUCUGCGGAACAGGGAGGAUGAGGUGGUAACAUAUCAGGAGUUCCUGGACGCGUGCGUUGAGGCCGGAGCGGCGCCGACUCACAGCCAGGCGGAGGCGCUCGCGGGAGCGAUGGACCACUCGGGCACCAUUGUGCUCUUCCGGGGAAAGGUCUACCUCCAUCCUGAGAAGAUAGUAGACCUGGUUAGAAGCGCCGUGCCGCCUGUGCUCGAGAUAGAGAAUGAUGCGAGAAGGGAAGAGUUUGAGCUACUGAAGAAAAAGAAAGGAGAGAUCGACCGGCAGGCGUGCAAGCAAGUGAGGCGAAUCCUCUGGUCUGGCUUCUGGUUCGUGCAAGCCACGGUCGGCCUCUGCUUCCGCUUCACAUUCUGGGAGUUCACGUGGGACGUUGUAGCGCCGAUCACCUUCUUCGUGGCUGGCGUCCACCUGCUUUCCGGCUACGCCUAUUUCCUCAUCACCUCGCGCAACCUGUCGUAUCGAACCUACAUGGAGAGGCUGUUUAAAUUAAGGAGGAGAAGGCUUUGCACGAAGUAUGGUUUUGACAUGGAGAAGUACCUGGAGAUGGAGAGGCACAUGAGGUGUCCUCUGGGAGGUGAUUAUUCUCAAGGUAGUAAGCUUCAUUCAUAA